ACAUGGCGGAAUUGGCCGAAGCCGAUGAGGCCGAACUGCAGCGUUUGGUGGCGGUAGAACAGCAGAAGGCGCAGUUCACUGCACAGGUACACCACUUCAUGGAUUUAUGCUGGGAUAAAUGUGUGGAAAAACCAGGAAGCCGUCUAGAUUCUCGAACUGAAAAUUGCCUUGCCAGUUGUGUGGACCGAUUCAUUGAUACUACUCUUACCAUCACAAGCCGAUUUGCUCAGAUCGUGCAAAAAGGGAACCAAUAGGCUAACCUUUAUCUCCACACUAAAGGGGGGAAAUGAAUGGAAGAAAAAAAAUCUAUAACUGAACAGUUUAUAUACCAUGGUAGACAUCUUUUGUGAAAGGGUGAUGAAACUAUGAUCAGAUCAACUUUGAGCUAUUUAAAAUUUAAAAAAUAACAAGAGAUGUUCAAAAAGUGAAAUUUCUUUAUUUGGAAUU